GGAAGAAGAGCCGCCGCCCGCCGGAGGAAACAUGGACACCCGAAGAAGAGUUCAACGGUCCCGGUUCCCGGUUCUCCUGCCGCCGCUCCGGUCUUCGGUGGCGGGGACUUACUAACUGUUCGCUGCGUGUUAUCGAGGACCAAGUCCGUGUAAAGGAUGAGCUCGUCCGUCCCCUGAUCCCACGGACCUCAGCAGACCAGGGGCCAUGGAGGCCAGCUCGGGGGUGGAGGAGGACCUCGUGUUCAGAGGGGUGGAGUUCAGCGUGAAGGUGGAGAUGGAGAACGGUCUGCUGGCGGUGGAGAUCUCCGACGUGAAGACCGCCGACCAGUGGAGGGGAGAGUUCGAUCCCGCCUACAUUGAGGACCUCACACGCAAAACUGGAAACUUCAAGCAGUUUCCAAUCUUCUGCAGUAUGCUGGAGUCGGCCGUUAGACAGACGAGUGAUUCGGUGACCCUUGACCUCCUGACCUAUGCCGACCUGGAGCUGCUGCGGAACAGGAAGGCGGGGGUCGUAGGUCGUCCCCGGGGCGGGCAGCAGUCCCCAGCCCUCGGCGCCAAGAGAUACCUGAUCCUGAUCUACACCGUGGAGUUCGACAGGAUCCACUACCCGCUGCCCGUGCCCUACAAGGGGAAGCCGGACCCGGCUGCCCUCCAGCGGGAGAUCAGGGCCCUGCGGACCCAGCUCAGCGCCGCCACCUCCCAGGGGGGGCCCGGCCACGCCCACCCUGAGACCCAGAGGCUACGAGCAGAGCUGGCCCAGGUGAGGGAGGAGAAGCAGGCCCUGGCCCACGCCCUGCAGCGCCUGCAGGGGGGAGGAGCAGGGGGGAGGGAGGCGGUGAGGAGGAGCAGGGAGGCGCUGCGGGACCUGGAGGAGCAGCUCCUGAAGGAGCAGGCCAAGGGUCAACGCUCGGCCAGCAGGAGGAGUCAGGAGCAGCGCCUCCUGGUGGAGCAGCUGGAGGAGCUCAGGGAGUCUGAGAGCGCGCUGCGCGUCCGUGUGAAGGACCUGACCAGCGAGCUGGCCUCCUUGAGGAGAGGCCGGGCGACACCCGUGUACUCUGGCGGCUCGCGGGCCGACAUCCAGACCCACCGGUCGCUGUCCCGGGAGAGGGGCUCCGUGACCCGGGAGAGGGGCUCUCUCUCCAGGGACCGGGGCCCCGGAGGGCUGGGGGGCCGAGCCCGGUCGGGGUCCCGGGAGCGAGCCGACGACCGCGUCCUGCGCUCGGGGGAGAGGGGGCGCCGGGCCGACUCCUCCGGCCCCCGCGCCCACAUCCCCCGACCCUCGCCCUCCCCCACCGGCUCCGGGGGGCUGCGCUUCGACCCCACCGCCUACAUCCAGGACCGCCAGCGCCGCCUGAAGGAGGCGGACCUCAAAAAGCUGAGGAAGACGCGGCGAGACAUGCUGGCGUCGCCCGUCCUGUCUGAGAGGGGGCGGUCCCGUUCCCGGGAGCACCGCCCCCUCGCGGAACGCUCCGGCAGCCGGGGGCGGAGCCUGUCCACGGAGAGGCGGGGCAGCCGGCCGUCCUCCGCCGGGUCCGUGGUGGACGAGGAUCACAUGACCGGCGUCCUGCUCAGAGGAAGGAAACCGGUCUACAACGGCGCCAGCGCGUCCAGAGGGAACGGGUCGCUGGGCCGGAAGCCGCUCUGCAGCACGCCCACGUACCGGAGGAGAGAGGACAGAGAGAGCUCCAUGGACGCGGGGACGGAGCUGUCGGAGAUCGACGCUCGACUGCAGGCCCUGCAGGACUACAUGAGGGACCUGGACACCGGACCCUGACCCGGACUGCAGGAAAGACCUGGACACCGGACCUCGACCCGGACUACAGGAAAGACCUGGACAUCGGACCUCGACCCGGACUACAGGAAAGACCUGGACAUCGGACCUCGACCCGGACUACAGGAAAGACCUGGACCCCGGACCCGGACCCUGACCCGGACUACAUGAGACCUAGACCCCGGACUACAGUAGCUCACCACCUUCCCUGCACUCGGACCUUUGAAGGUAUCCCUCCUGUGGACCGGAGGACCCGAUGACCUGGUUGACUGCACCAGGACCUGAUGUGGUACACUGGACCAGAACCUGGUCUUGGACUCUUGGACCUUCUGGCUGCUUGUUGUCUAAACUGUGAUCUCACUUUGUAUAAACCGUGUAUGUUUUAAAUUCGUAUUUUUUAUUCAAAGCUAACGGGUGUACUCCGCUGCACGUCGCUAUGAAGUGGUGAGACCUCACUCUUCAUACGUGCACACCUUGUUUUGUUGUAUUCUAUUAAAAAUGCUUUUUUAUGAACUUGGAACUUUAAAAAACAGCCGAGGAUUUGAAAUGAUAUAUAUUAUUGUUUUGGGUCCUUAGUACGAUUCCAUUUCGAUAUCCCCCAUUGAGUUGGCAUCUGGCCAGUGUGUUAAUAUUGAUAUUUAUAUCUUGUAAUCAUCACUUCACUGUUCUCACUGCUUUAUAACUCUUUCUUCACACUCUAGAUGCCUAACUCCUAGACCUCUACUCCACGUUUUUAAACCUCAUUAAAUGAUUCAUGUGCCGCACA